AUGUCGUCGGGCCUUUCUGAAACGCUCGAAGCGCACGUUAGGGCUGCGGCCGAUGUGGGCGAGAGCGUAUUCGCUGCACUUCCCAAGGACGGACGUCCCUGGUGGAAGAAACCACAUUUGCUCCGACUCAACUUCAUCCUGUUCAGUUGUAUUCUGUUUUCCUCUGCCAAUGGUUACGAUGGCACAAUGAUGAACGGUCUCCAAGCCCUACCCCAGUGGCAAAAGUUUAUGAAUCACCCCAAAGGCGCCUGGCUUGGAUUUAUCAAUUCUACUCAAUCUGUUGGUGCCAUGGUCGCUGUCUUUCCAUCCGCAUGGACGGUACAACAUUUUGGCCGCAAAACUGGUGUUUAUCUGGGAUACUUGUUCUUGGCCGUCGGGGUCGCCCUUCAGACGGCAGCGCCCAAUGAAGCUUGUUUCAUUGUGGCCAGGUUUUUCCUCGGCCUGGCCAGCCAGUUCUACGCCAACUCGGCUUCCAUUCUCAUUACUGAAACCGCUUAUCCCUCUCAUCGCGGCAUUUGCACUGCCCUGUACAACUGUGGGUGGUUUGUCGGAAGUAUCAUUGCAGCAUGGGCUACAUUCGGGACGCGCAAUUGUGUGACCAGUUGGAGUUGGCGAAUCCCUUCGCUCCUUCAAAUUGCGAUCCCAGUUAUCGCCCUCCCUGGCUUCUUGAUGUCGCCUGAAAGCCCCCGCUAUCUCGUUUUCAAAGGCCAAAUCGACGACGCCAAACAGGUCCUAAUUAAAUAUCACAAUGGAGGAGUCCGAAAUGCACUGGUGGACCUCGAGUUGGAAGAAAUGAUGGUCAUUUUGAGGGCGGAAAGAGAGGCCAAAGAGAACACCAGUUGGGCUGAUAUGUUCAGGAGCAAAGGCAAUCGCCAUCGGUCGCUCAUCAGCAUUACGCUAGGUGUUUUUUCUCAGUGGAACGGCGUGGGAGUUGUAUCUUACUACUUUGUUCUGGUGCUCGAAGCGGCUGGUAUCACUGACACAACUGACCAAACCCUCUUGAACGGCUGUAUACAGAUAUGGAAUCUUCUUCUUGCCACUGGCGCUGCCUUCUCGGUUGAUCGGCUGGGCCGGCGAAAGCUGUUUUUGGUCUCAGGGUUUGGCAUGUUGGUCAGCUACAUCUGUAUUACAGGCCUCUCAGGAUCCUUUGCAGAAACUGGCGCGAAAGAUGCUGGCAUCAGUGUCAUUCCCUUCCUCUUUCUGUUCUACGGAUUUUAUGACAUUGCAUUCACGCCGCUUUUCGUCUCCUACCCGGCCGAAAUCUGGCCCUACAGUCUACGAGCCCAAGGAAUUGCAUCCGCACAGCUUUCCGCCCAGGUUGCUAUAUUUUUUAAUAUCUUUGUCAACCCUAUCGCAUUAGAUGCCAUUGGCUGGAAAUACUAUAUCGUUUUUGUAAUCAUUCUUAUCAUACUGAUUCUCACGGUUUGGUUCUUCUACCCCGAAACGAAGGGUCACACUCUUGAGGAGAUGGCCACCAUUUUUGACGGGGCGGACGCUGCGACUCCGGCGCGGAGGGAGAUCUUGGACCACAUCGCCAGGAACAAGAGAACAGAUGUCGACAUGAUCCACAUCGAAGAAGCUGCAUGAGUUGUUUCCUUGGAUAAUUUAAUCCUCGAUUUACUUGGAGUUGGUUGAAAACUUGCAGGCGAGGAUGGUGGGG